AUGCAAAAGAUAAUGCAGCAUCUUUCGGUCUUCCUAGCUUCUUGGGUUUACGGACUGGCGUUUGCUGCCUCUUCCCCCACCAGCGUACAAAUAGGAGGGUUAUUUCCAAGAGGCGCUGAUCAGGAAUACAGUGCGUUUCGUUUAGGAAUUUUUCAGCAUAAUUCCCAUGAGCUGAGGCUGACGCCCCAUGUUGAUAAUUUGGAAGUGGCAAACAGCUUUGCUAUUACUAAUGCAUUCUGCUCCCAGUUUUCGAGAGGGGUCUACGCAAUUUUUGGAUUUUACGACAAGAAGUCUGUCAACACGCUUACGUCAUUCUGUGGAACACUGCAUGUUUCUUUCAUCACCCCGAGCUUUCCUGCAGAUGGCUUGCAUCAAUUUGUCAUACAGAUGAGGCCAGAUCUCAAGGGUGCUCUCCUUAGUUUGAUUGAAUAUUAUCAAUGGGAAAAGUUUGCUUAUCUGUAUGACAGCGACAGAGGAUUGUCAGUCUUACAGGCGGUCCUCGAUGCUGCUGCUGAAAAUAAGUGGCAAGUGACUGCAAUCAACGUAGGAAAUAUAAAAGAUGAGAGAAAAGAUGAAGCCUACCGCUCACUUUUUCAGGAUCUGGAAAAUAAAAAGGAGAGACAAGUAAUUCUUGACUGUGAGCGUGACAAAGUUAAUGAUAUCAUGGAGCAGGUCAUAACUAUUGGGAAACAUGUCAAAGGAUAUCAUUACAUCUUUGCUAACCUGGGAUUUACUGAUGGAGACUUAUCAAAGAUUCAAUAUGGGGGAGCAAACGUGUCUGGAUUUCAAAUUGUUGAUUAUGAUGAUCCAGUUGUUAUGAAGUUUAUGCAGCGAUGGUUAGCACUUGAUGAAAAGGAAUAUCCAGGGGGGAAAACGAGCAAAAUUAAGUAUACCUCUGCUUUGACCUAUGAUGCUGUUCAAGUGAUGACUGAAGCAUUCCGCUAUCUACGCAAACAGCGAAUUGACAUCUCUAGGAGAGGUAGCACUGGAGACUGUCUUGCCAAUCCUGCUGUACCCUGGGGGCAGGGAAUUGAAAUAGAAAGAGCACUAAAAUUGGUUCGCAUUGAUGGUUUAACUGGAAAUAUUCAGUUUGAUCAAUUUGGAAGAAGAGUCAAUUAUACAGUUAAUAUCAUGGAACUCAAAAACAAUGGUCCCCGCAAGAUUGGCUACUGGAAUGAAGUCGACAAGAUGGUUGUCACAGCCACAGAUUUCCUCGGUGGAAAUGAGACUGCAGGAAUGGAGAACAAAACUGUUGUAGUAACAAGUAUCAUGGAAUCACCUUAUGUUAUGCUGAAGAAAAAUUAUGAACAAUUCGAAGGAAAUGACCAGUACGAAGGCUAUUGUGUUGAUCUAGCUGCAGAAAUAGCCAAACAUUGUGGCUUUAAGUACAAACUAUCCAUAGUGCCUGAUGGGAAGUACGGCGCUAGGGAUGGGGAAACUAAAGUUUGGAAUGGAAUGGUGGGAGAGCUGGUCUAUGGGAAAGCAGAUAUUGCAGUCGCCCCAUUGACAAUAACAUUGGUAAGAGAAGAGGUGAUCGACUUUUCAAAGCCCUUCAUGAGCCUUGGGAUAUCCAUCAUGAUAAAGAAGCCCCAGAAGUCAAAGCCAGGAGUGUUUUCCUUUCUAGAUCCAUUAGCCUAUGAAAUCUGGAUGUGCAUUGUCUUCGCUUACAUCGGGGUCAGCGUAGUUUUAUUCCUGGUCAGCAGAUUUAGUCCAUAUGAGUGGCACACUGAGGAAUACGAAGAUGGACGGGAAACACAAAGUAACGACCAAACUAAUGAAUUUGGGAUAUUUAAUAGUCUCUGGUUUUCUCUGGGUGCCUUUAUGCAGCAAGGAUGCGAUAUUUCGCCAAGAUCCCUGUCGGGGCGAAUUGUUGGAGGUGUGUGGUGGUUCUUUACCUUGAUCAUAAUAUCAUCAUACACGGCUAACUUAGCUGCUUUCCUGACGGUGGAACGAAUGGUGUCUCCCAUUGAAAGUGCGGAGGAUCUUGCUAAGCAGACAGAUAUUGCAUAUGGAACUUUGGACGCUGGAUCCACAAAAGAAUUCUUUAGGAGAUCCAAAAUUGCACUUUUUGAAAAAAUGUGGGCGUAUAUGAAGAGUGCUGAGCCAUCUGUCUUUGUCAAAACAACUGCAGAAGGUGUGGUUAGAGUACGAAAGUCAAAAGGAAAAUAUGCUUAUCUCCUGGAAUCCACCAUGAAUGAGUACAUUGAACAAAGGAAACCUUGCGAUACCAUGAAGGUUGGAGGAAACCUAGAUUCAAAAGGAUAUGGGAUUGCAACACCCAAAGGAUCCUCAUUAAGAAAUGCGGUUAACCUCGCAGUUCUAAAACUGAAUGAACAAGGCCUCUUGGACAAAUUGAAAAACAAAUGGUGGUACGACAAAGGAGAGUGCGGCAGCGGGGGAGGUGAUUCCAAGGUCAGCCUCAGUGAGAAAAGUAAUGGAACACCUGUAAACCUUGCAGUAUUGAAACUCAGUGAGCAAGGCGUCUUAGACAAGCUGAAAAACAAAUGGUGGUACGAUAAAGGUGAAUGUGGACCCAAGGACUCUGGAAGUAAGGAGAAGACAAGUGCGUUAAGUCUAAGCAAUGUGGCUGGAGUCUUCUACAUUCUCGUUGGAGGGCUUGGUUUGGCAAUGCUGGUGGCUUUGAUUGAAUUCUGUUACAAGUCAAGAGCAGAGGCAAAACGAAUGAAAAUGACCUUUGGUGAUGCCAUGAGAAGUAAAGCAAGACUAUCAAUUACAGGAAGCACUGGAGAAAACGGACGUGUUAUGACUCCAGAAUUUCCCAAAGCAGUGCAUGCAGUACCUACGUGAGGCCUGGCAUGAGAAUGAAUGUCAGUGUGACUAAUCUUUCUUGAUUGAUAAGACUCUUUGAGUGCCUUACAUGAUGGUUGAUGUAAGUUCUUCGUUGAUUGGUGCGAGGCAUCCAGUGUUGUGAAGAUAUUUUUCUCAAAGAAGAAUUCUUGUCCUUUUGUGUGGAGUUCAUCUGAAUAGUAAUUGGAUGCUUUGUUCAUGUACACACAACAAAAAAAAACCAUCAUUGAAAAUGAAUGGACAUGGAGCUUGACUCACAUGCACAACUGAUGUGGAAGUACUGGAAAUAAAUCAUUUGACAAGGCAGCACGCCUGUGUCUGCAGACACCGCUGUUUAAUCCUGGAUUCGUAUGACUUAAGCACAGUGUCCACUUGACAUCAGCCGCAUUAUGAUGUGAAAUCUUUUAUAUUAUAGAAAAAAAAACAAAAGUACACUAUUUUUAAGUAUUUUCACUAUCAAGAAAUGGCUUUUAAAUAACUCUGCUUCCAUACUAAUCGAAUAUUAGUAAAACUAAACUGCAGGAAAGUGACCAGGCUAGAGGCAUCAAUUCCAUUGUUUUUUUUUCAAAGCCAAAUAUAUACAUGCGCAGAAUAAAAGGAUUCAACACUUGUAAUUUAAUACAGUAUUGUAAGACUUUCCUGUAUAUCUUCUUCUUAACAUUGGUGUUAAUAUGAAAUACUUGGCAA